AUGUCUUCUUCAUCGUCCGUUCCUGCUACCACGAAGCUGCGAUUAUGCAACCUCGGAGGUGACUCUCUGCCCAUCGUUGAUGUACCAAGCAGUGUCACAACAAUUGCAGAGUUGAAAGAGUUUUUGCUCUCCUCACGUGAGUAUGGAGGAAGCGUGUUUAGGGACGUAGUAGACGGUCUCGUGGCUGACUUCGAAUUGAUCCAUGAAAAACCAGAUGAAGACGAAGAUGAAGGUGAUGACGAUGGAGGCGAACGCGAAGGUGAAGACACUACUAAAUAUGCAGGACGAGGCCGCGCAUUGGCUUUAGAAGCAGCAGCAGCCGCUCGAAAUCUGGUACAACUACCUUUAGCGGCGAAUACUAGAUGGCCUCUGGUGAAGUGGCAGACUACAGAGACUUCUCUUGAUGCAGGAGCAGGAAAAAACGACACUUGUGUGGAGUUGCGGUAUGUUGUUAGAGAAGUAUAUGAAGUACAAGGCUUAAAGGAAUUUUUGGGCGAUUACAUUAAGAAGGAGCUGCGCUGGUUGCCUCAAAUUAAGAGCCAUGUCGAUAUUUAUUAAAUUUAAAAUGUACUUUUACAUUUUAGAAGUGGACUUUCUCUCACGACGACCAUGUGGAGCAUAGAAGAAACAAAUUGGAAAGUUUAGAAACGAUCACGUGGAUCAUAGAAACAAAUUAGAAAGCAGCUUAGAAGAAACAUCAAGCGAAGGGGAAAGUGUCGGUUUUAGACUCAACCAGCUCAGACCGCUUAAGCGGUGUACUUGUGUCUGUGUUUCGCGAAGAAGAGUCCCUCGUCUAAUAAAGAUCCAUAUCUCGAAUGCGAACUGGUCGAGUAUGAAAGCAUGCUAGACUCUUCCGACACUCGCACUUACACUUAUGGCUUCCUCUAUUAAUGUUAAUCCACCUUCGGAAGGAAGAGGAUUUUGAAGACCUUCUCGACAAUGGGAAAACGGAUUCAGGAAACCUAUUAUAAUUGUAAGCUACUAUAAUAAUAAUUGAUUAAUUACAAUGUAAAGGAAUAGAAAAGUACCUAGUAAUAUAUAAGUAUAAGGUAGAGCAGUUGCUAGAAGUGAAGUAGUGAAAAGUAGCAAAGAAUUGUAGACGAGGUAGGUGCGCUCUAAUACACUGUUGUUCCUCCAGAGCGUUUUUACUUUUUGCCUGCCAAUAUGUAUAUCAGAGCACCUUACGAUGAGGUUUUGGAACGUUACGAAGAGAUGCACGACGCAGAGACCCUUUACGACGAAGAUCGAUAUCCUACGUGUCUAUCAGAGUAUAAGCGGAAGGAGAAGCGCCUUGCGAUCGCACUAGAAAUAGUAAUAGAGCAAGACCAGUUGCUUCAAGGUAUUCAC